CGCCAUGUGGCCAUUCGCCUCCAGCAGCAGCACGGCGCAGCCCGCAGACGAGUCGGCGUGCCCCGUCGAUGCGCAGACGCGCGCCGCCUGGCUCGCCAGCAACCCGCAGGGCGCCGCCGGGCCCUCGAGCGCCGGGCCGUCGUCGCCGGGCGCCGCCGCCGUGACGCCGCAGCAGCGGCGCGACUUCCACGCGCUCUCGACGCAGCGCGAGGUCUCGUCGAUCCCGCGCUUCUCGCGCGCCGGCGCGCCCGACGCCGGCGGCAGCGAGCCCGACGAGUCGCGCAACUGGGUCUACCCCUCGCCCGCGCAGUUCUUUGCCGCCAUGGCGCGCAAGCAGCAGGACCCGCAGGCGCCGGACAUGGACAUCGUCGUGCCCAUCCACAACGCCGUCAACGAGCGCGCGUGGCGCCAGAUCUGCGACUGGGAGGCCGGCUGGGACGCGUCGGCGCAGGCGCGCUGCGGCGGGCCGCAGCUCGUCAGCUUCAAGAACCGGCAGACGGAGCGCACGUGGCGGGCGUGGGGGCGCGGCCUGAUGGGCUAUGCGGCGCCGUUCGACCGCCACGACUGGAUCAUCGAUCGAUGCGGCACGCGCGUGCGCUACAUCAUCGACUUCUACUCGGGCGCGCCUGCUUCUGAUCUCGCCGGCGCUGCCGCGGCUGCCGGCGGUGGCGGCGCGCCGGCGCGCUCGCCGAUCAGCUUCUACCUCGACGUGCGCCCGGCGCCGGACCUCGAGGGCAUCAAGAUGCGCGCGCACCGCCUCUUCCUGCGGCCAAAUUGAGGGCAUGAUCUAUGUG